AUGCUGGAAAUCAGCCGGCUCUCCAAGGACUAUCCGACACCGCGAGGCCCUCUCUAUCUGCUCGAGGACAUUUCGUUCUCCCUGGGCCGGGGCGACGCCGCCGCCAUCAUGGGACCCUCCGGCAGUGGCAAGAGCACGCUGCUCUACAUUCUCGGCACGUUGGAGCCUCCGACAGCCGGCGAUGUGGUGCUGGAGGGAUGCCAUCCCUUCCAAUUGGCGGAGCGGGACCUGGCCAGGUUCAGAAACCGGCACAUCGGCUUCAUUUUCCAGGACCACUGCCUGCUGCCGCAGUGCUCCGUACUGGAAAACGUGCUGGCCCCGACCCUGAUCCAGAAAGCGGCCGCAAACUACCGGCAGCGGGCGCUGCAUCUGCUGGACCAGGUGGGACUCAAAGAUCGGAUGGACCACCGCCCCGCCGAGCUGUCGGGAGGCGAGAAACAGCGGGUGUCCAUGGCUCGCGCCAUGAUUCGAAACCCUUCGCUGCUGCUGUGUGACGAGCCUACCGGAAAAUCUGGACAGCCGCUCGGCGGCAUCGGUGGCCGACCUGCUGGUGGAGCAGCACCGGCAGCACGGCUCCAUUCUGGUGGUGGUCACUCACAGUUCGACUCUGGCUGA